AAUUUCUCUCUCCGUUUUCUUUGGGUGUUUGUCUUUUCUUUCUAAAUACACAAAUAUAUACAUUUUCUUUGCCUUAAAUUUUUUUUUUUUCUCGUCUUAUAAACUUCCAUCUCCGUCAUGUCGACGGUGGAGAUGGAGCAACUGACCUCCGGCGCCAGCAACCGGAUAAUCCCAAUCCUCAGGACCCUCAGGACCUUUCUCCUAUUCAUCCACACCUUCUUCCUAUCCCUCCUCCUCUUCCUUAUCCCUCGCCGCCACCGCCACUCUCCGCCGCUUUCUGAGGUACCACCGCCGUCUUCGCCGUCACCUUCGAAGAAGCGGAGAUCGGUGUGGAUGAGAGAGGAGGAGGAUACCUUGAAAAGGAGAAGCUUGGCGGAGGGCUUGGAAAUGUGCUUCGACGGUGACGACGGAGACAGCCGGUGCCGAUGGAGCACCUCCUUGUUCUUCGGGGUUAGACGCAACGCGCUCUUCUGCCGCUCUUGGUUUCCGGUUUCCGGUGAAUUGAAGGGUAUUUUGAUCAUCAUACACGGGCUUAAUGAGCAUAGUGGAAGAUAUGUUCAUUUUGCAAGGCAACUAACCUCGUGCAACUUUGGGGUCUAUGCAAUGGACUGGAUAGGUCACGGAGGGAGUGAUGGAUUGCAUGGAUAUGUUCCUUCACUUGAUCAUGUUGUCGCUGAUACUGGAGCUUUCUUGGCAAAGAUUAAAUCCGACAACCCUGGAAUACCAUGCUUCCUUUUCGGUCACUCUACUGGAGGGGCUGUAGUUUUGAAGGCAGCCUCAUACCCACACAUUAAAGGAAUGCUGGAGGGUAUUGUUCUGACCUCACCAGCUUUGCGUGUUAAGCCAGCACAUCCAAUUGUUGGGGCUGUGGCUCCGAUUUUUUCUCUGGUUGCUCCCAGGUUCCAGAUUAAAGGUGCGAACAAAAGGGGCAUUCCAGUUUCUAGGGAUCCUGCAGCAUUGUUGGCGAAGUACUCCGAUCCAUUGGUCUAUACAGGACCUAUAAGGGUGCGAACUGGGCAUGAAAUAUUGCGUAUUUCCACAUAUUUGAUGCGGAACUUCAAGUCCAUAACUGUCCCUUUCUUCGUUCUUCAUGGGACCGCAGAUAGAGUGACUGAUCCUCUUGCCUCUCAGGAUCUUUACAAUGAGGCUCCAUCCACGUUCAAAGAAAUAAAGCUGUACGAUGGUUUCUUGCAUGACCUUCUCUUUGAGCCAGAACGUGAAGAGGUUGCUCAGGAUAUAAUUAACUGGAUGGUGAAAAGAUUGGGAGGUGGCUAUGAAAAUUCCAACAAUCUUUGGUAAUUUCUCCUCCUUCAUCUCCCCCCUUUCAAAGAGAAAGGGAGAGGGAUGGACCGUCAUCAUCCAAGGGGAUUCAAGCAGGUACAUCUAUAUUAGAUUUUCACAAAUAUAUAUAUAUAUAUAUAUAUAGUAGAUUUUGUAAUUUGAUUUGGUCAUCCAUGAAAUUUGUAUGUAAUAGAUUUCUUAUAACAUUUUUAUUAAUAUCUGCCUUACGGUUCCCAAGAA